AUGGUUGCAGCCAAGAGGACGAAAAUGUCAUUGGAGUCCAUCAACUCAAGGCUCCAGCUGGUUAUGAAAAGUGGCAAAUAUGUGUUGGGCUGCAAACAGACUUUGAAAAUGAUUCGUCAAGUCAAAGCCAAGCUGGUUAUUCUUGACAACAAGUGUCCAGCCUUGAGGAAAUCGGAGAUUGAGUACUAUGUUAUGUUAGCCAAGACUGUUGUGCAUCACUACAGUGGCAACAACAUUGAACUAGGUACAGCUUGUGAUAAAUACUACAGAGUGUACACACUGGCGAUCAUUGAUCCCAAUGAUUUUGACAUCAUCAGGAGCAUGCCUGGGCAAAUCAGUGAGAAAUGA